AUGAGGACCAUCAACGAGGCCGUGACAAAGGCAAAUUUAGUUCCACCACCACCGGCACCUGAAGUACACGAGCCAUCUACAUCAGCAGGUCCUUCUGCUCCAACCAGUACAACUGUGGACACUGACCUUGCAAAGAGGUUGGAUAGCAUUGAGGCCCGGCUGGAGAAGCUUGAGUCCCAGCAGGAAGCCGUCAUGUUGGCACAGACGGGGUUAGUAAAUAGCCAUCUCAGUAUGAGGCGGUCCUUCACAGAGAGUCAGAAAGAUCUGAAGGAGACUCUACUGGCUAAGAUGGACGAGUUGAUGGCAAUGGUAAAAGGAGCUCCCACACCUGGAGAGCCCUCACCUGCACCGCAAAAUGAGGAACAAGUGGAGAGUGAUAACGAAGAUGUCUUCCCAGAAGAUUGGGAAGCAGAUGAUAACGAGGCACCGUCAACUCCAUUGGAAGCAAUUAUCACGGCCAUUGGUGAUACACAAUCACAGGACGAAGUCCUACUUCUACCUGGACCCCCAGAAAAUGUGCCAUUUGUGAGGAAGAGGAAGCCGCCAAAGUACUUGAACGACUACACUGCCGAAAAGAAAAAGAGGCGAGUUCUUCCAGAGAACGUAGACCCGGAGAGACCAACAGACCGUAGAUUGCUUCGUACGUUCAAGAGGUGGUUGAUUGGAGACAUUCCCAAUGCCCGACCUAAGAAUGUGCACACCGGUGUUGGCGAUGUCAAGUUCUUCACAACAUUGUUUCUAAAGGCGGAGUGGCUUCACGAUGAUCACAUAGAUGCCAUAUCACACUUGAUGAUGAGGAGACGCCAUCAUUUUCCAGAGUUGUACCCUCAGCCAGGUGUGAUUUUGGACACAACACUUCCACAAUUCCUCAUAGGCAUUUGGAGCUGCCAGACUGGUGACAGAAGUACGUUUGAAUGGCCAGAUGCAGUGAACCAGUACUAUCUGGGUAUGGAGAGCCGUUACAUGCCAUGUUGGAAGGAUUUGAACUUCAUAUACUUCGUCCUGUACUUCGAUCAUCAAAAACAUUGGGUUGCUGUUGAGGUAGAUAUUGAUAUGUGGCAGAUUCGGGUGUACGAUAAUGAUUUAGCAUGCACCACCGACGCACAGUUUGAUGCCAUCAUGCUACCUUGGACUCAGUUGUUUCCACAUCUGCUGAGGUCUACUGGCUAUUAUGAUCAAGUGAACAACAACAUUCUGAAUGUGGACUUAGGGGACAGUAGCCAACUCAGAUCAAUGCAUGCUAGACGCAUGCCGAGUGAGGUGGUUCCCCAAAGUAGAACAAGUGGUGAUUGCGGGGUGUAUGCACUUGAGUACAUCGAACACCUAAUGCUGAAUCGGUCCUUGGACAACAUUACAGAUGAUAACAUGAGAAUGUUCAGAGAUCGGUGGUGUGUAGACUUGUUUUAUCAGAACUUAACGUGGUAA